AUGGUUAGUAUGGAGGAGCUGACACAGUAUUUGCACCUCCCGGAGAAAACAGUCGCUAAGGAGCUCGGGAUCUGCCUGACCUCUCUGAAGAAGCUGUGCAGACAGCAUGGGAUCACGCGUUGGCCGUACAGGAAGGUCCGUUGUGGGCUCUCUGUGCUCCUUCCCCUCCUCACUCCUGCUCCUCCAGCUGAAGUCUCUUGA